AUGGGUCAGCGUAUGGUCGAGGCUGGGGUCAUGAGCUAUGCUCUCCUGUCUUCUCCGGAUACGCUAUUUCACAGACACGGUGAGAAGACCCGACGGAAUAUCACGGUCUGGCUUCAUGGGAUCAUUGGGAAGCAGAUGCCCAGCAAUAAUUGGCUGUGUUUUCAAGUAUUUGCCAAUCUUGCGCUCAUCAAAGUGUGUGGAGUUUCUGCUUCCGAGGUGACCGAUGAGAUUCAUGUAGAAUUUGCUCCCCUUGAACCCUUUCAUCUGGGAGAUGGGUGGUCUGGCGAUGGCCCUUGGCUGUCAACACGGAAAGAGGAAGAGGAAUUAACUGCAUUUGAACGAACCAAACGUCGGAAUGCAGUUGAAAAUGGUCGACAGGUCGGCUGUUAUUCUGGGAGUUUUGUAAUUCAAUUUAGUCAAUUGCUGUAUGCGAAAUUCGCUGAAUAUAUGGAUCCUGAGAGAGUUUCGCGGUAUCAACAGCAAGCCCGUGACUUUGGAGCUUCUUUCUGA